AGUCAGGAGUAGCACCCGGCGUCUGUGUGUUUGAGAGAGAGAAAGAGACAGAGAGAGAGAGAGAGAGAGGGAAAACCAACAGGCAAGCAUCAGAUAGAACCAGUGAGGAAGCGAGAGAGUACCAGGCUGCAGGACAGAGAGAGAGUGAGAGAGAGAGAGAGAGAGAGAGAGAGAGAGAGAGAGAGAGAGAGAGAGAGCGCGGAACAGAGGGAAACAGCAGGAAAAAUAGAGUGAUAGAGAUAGCUAGAAGAUGGAGGUGCAGUCAGAAUACGUGGAACCUCCUCCACCUCCUCCUUCUGUUCCCCCAUGCGACCCCCAACCGCCAGGGAAGAUCAACAAAGCAGCCUUAAAGCUGUUUGGAAAACGACGCUCCAGCUCCGGAAUGGCCAGAUUCUUCUCCUUCAGGAACAAAGAGGCAAAUGGGAAUGGGAAUUCCGAGAAUGGGAAUUCUGUGAAUGGGAAUUCUGUGGGGGCGGCUAACGAGCUCGUCAGGAGUAAAACGCAUGAUGGACUAACAAGCUCGGAGACAGAUGGACAGAGAGGGGAGGAGUCUGGAAUAUCAGAGGCGGGACAGGUGAGGUCUCUCAGCAAAUCACUGAGCUUCUUUUCGCUGCUCAGACGAGGAAGUGUGAGAGCUAAUGAGAAUACAGGGUUUGGAAGCAGGGGGAGGGGUUUAAAAGGCUUCUUUAGUAGUAUAAGGUGGCGGCGGAAGGAGAGAGUGAUGGAGGGAGAGGUGGGGGUAACUGAGGGGAGGGAGGUGAGAGAGGGAGAUGUGAUUCUAAAGGAGGAAGUGAAAGACGUCACUCUGACCCUUGAACCCCAGCCCCGCUCACCACAGGAGGAUAAUGGGAGCUUGGAAGCUGAGCUAAACACAGAAUCAGCGAGAACUUCUCCCGCAGACAACGCCACAACACCACUCACGCACUCUACUGCCAUGACGACAAACCUGUCAGAAUUCCCCUAUACACCAUCCCCUUCCCCUCUUCACUCUGCCUUUCACUCAAGAACCAAAACGUCCAUUUCCUCAGCAACGGACCCCCCUCUGGAUCGGUGUGACCCCACCUCUGAACCCUCAGUGGACCGGCUCUGUUCACUCCUCUUCACUGACGUCACCUCGCUCAAGAGCUUUGAUUCGCUGACAGGAUGCGGUGAUAUCAUCGCAGACGCAGAGGAGGAGGUGGCAGGAAAUGUGGGAGGAGGAAAUGGAGGAGGAGGAAGUGUCACCAGUAGUAGCAGUAGCAGUGGGGGAGGGGUAGUACGCAGCUCCCCAGCUAAAUCCUCCAUUACUAACCAUGCCACCCCUUCCAGCAUUACCCCUACCCCCACUUCCGCCCCUGCCCCCCUCCCAGCCAGGGUACGGCUGAUGCCCUCCCACUCUGCCCCGAUUCAGCAGCCCUCUGGCAGCGGCGUGGUGGCCUACAUGGGGGGUGGUGAGGAGAUGGCCAGCCCUGACGGGGUGGACGACGCAGACAUGCAGGGGCUCUGGCACAUGCUCCCCUCUGGGGGAGAGAACUCCCCCGCUCUUCCCCGACCCAGCUCUCACCCGGCUCCCCCCAGGGGUACAGAGCGGAAACCCCCCCAGGUCAAGUCUCUGGGACUCAGCAAGAUCCCUUUAGUGGGGGGAGGAAGGAUGAGUAAACUCCCCACUCAUGCUGCCCGUCAAACCUCUUUGCCCAAUGAGAAGGACACUAAGGAGGAGGUCCAGCCCCAACAGGAUGUCCCGGCCCUUAGAGACGAGGGCUAUUGGGAUACGCCCUCGGCAACCCCCACGGCAACGCCUGACGACGGCUUCCUGUGGAACCAGAGGAUUGGUUUAUCGCGUGACAGCUGCUCUGGCGACGCGCUGUACGACCUCUACAAUGAGGAAUUGGACAAAUCUGAUGAAGAGGAAGAGGAGGAGGAAGAAGAUCUGACAAGUACUCCUUCCCUCUCCACUGACGACUACAAACGCAGCGCUCCCUCCCAGACUACUCCUCCUUCCUCUUCCUCCUCUUCAUCUUUUCGCUCGAUGAAGGGAAGCACUAGCCUCCCCCGCGAGUCCAAAAUCCCUCUUAGUGUCAGACAGAACACACCCCCUCACUCGGUGAGCCAAUCAGCUCUUUCCACUGUCCUCACAGCCAUUCCUCCCUCUGACACACCCACCCAAGCUCCUCCCCCAGCCCGGACCAGGAUCCCUGUCUCCAAGGUGCCAGUCCGUCGCCCUAGGAACAAGCCCGGCAACGCUACACGAGGGCCAGCCCCCAGGAAGUAAAUCUGGACGAGGCAGCCAUGGACUUUGAUGUCUUUGGUUAGAACUAGACAACAUCACUGGACUAGUGUGUAUGACAUUGCCGGACUGGUGUAUUGUGAAAUGCAUCAGACAAUGAUAAAGACUUGAAAGAGAGUGAUAGGAGCUCUAAACAACUCUUCCAUUGGUUCUGGUGGGUCACGCCUCCAAAAGUUAAAGUUAAAAACAAAAAAUCACUGGACUUGUGUGUGCAGCAUCACUGAAAUUAUGUGUAUGGGACACUUUUAAAGACUUCAAGUGGGUGAGGGGAGGGCAUUUCAAAGUUUGGGAUCCACAUUUUCGACAACUCUCAGCGCCUUUUGAAUAUGUAAACAAUGGUCACAGAAUUCAACUGCACUGCACACCACUAGGAAUGACUAGAGAAGCUUUUCUUCUUCUCUUCAAGUCCUUGUUUCUGAAACACAGAUUUUUAUAUGAUACCACGUGUUUAAUCUAAUGACGGCCUAAUCUAAUGAAACAGUUUGUAAUAAUCUAAUUGUUAACUAAUUACCUCCUAAUCCCAGACUACAUUCACAGUCUCAAUCCUCAUCUACAUCUUUUUUUAUGCCAUUUAGCAGGCGCUUUUAUCCAAAGCGAUGUGUGCAAUUAUUUCUACGUAUGGGUGGUCCCGGGAAUCAAACCCACUAUUCUGGCAUUACAAGCACCAUGCUCAACCAGCUGAGCUACAGAGGAGCAAUACAGGACUAUUAAAAUCCCAGUGCACUAAUUUUGUGAUUUAAAAAAAACUAUUUUUGUAAUUUUCUUCAGCACCCCUACUUCCCAUGGCAAUGUGGGGUGUACUGUUGACUGUUCUUCUCCCAGUUCUAAAGUACCAGUGGAUAACAGUGGUGACAACAUUGCUAAAAACAAUCAGAAAGCAUUUAUAAAUGUAUUUUUACUAAGGUGUACACGGAGAUCACCGGAUACAACACCUCACCUUGCCAGUGAACAUAACCAAGAAACAACAUCACAAAACGUAAUCGUCCUAAGUGAAUGACAAACACACACAUUCUCCUCUGGACCAUAUGUGCUCCACCACUCGAACGAGCAACUACUGUACUAUGAUGACCUCGCACUGGAGAAACAGCAGCAGGUUCAAUCUCUCUGGAAUUAACAACUAUAACAAACCAACCAAUAAAAAAACGGAAUAAGUAAGGCAAUAGUGAGACAGCAUUGAAGGAUGUUCCUCUACUGACUGAAGAACGACCACUGAACACUCCUCUCUUGCUGCAUGAGGUGCCUGGAACACAAGGCACUAGGUUCAGGGAACACAGUCUACACUAAGGACACACACACACACACACACACCACGUCAAGGACUCUCUUUCACACACACACACACACACACACACACACACACACACACACACACACACACACACACACACACACACACACACACACACACACACACACAGGAUUACUUUCUUCUCGACCAGGACACAUUAAUACGAUGUUUUUUUCUACUGAGUCAUUUGUUCUUCACUGGUUUUCAUACGCUUUUUAUAAGAUAAUGUUUCAUGAGACACCGCAAACAACCUUCACUGCGAACCCCCCCCCCCCCCCCCCACCCACCUACUGGGCACAAACUGGUUGAAUCAACAGUGUUUCAACGUAAUUUGUCAAUGUAUUGUGACGUGGAAUCUACGUGGAAAAUAUCAACCUGUUGUUUUGAAGGUGAAAUUUCAACCAGAGAAUAAUGGCAUCACGGUAACCAAAUUUCAACAUAGAAAAAUCAUAUAUAAUAAUCCAACAUAUCAAUUAUUAAUUUGCAGACAAACUGGAAUUAAAGCCAGAGUAAGUCAGUGGCACAGAUGGAACUAUCCAAGCAGAAGAUAAAUAUCUUUCACAUGUUGAUAUGUGGUUGCGUUGACAAAAAAAUAAACACAAUUCAACAUCACUUUUGAAAUACAAUAAAUAGCCGAUUAACUUGUUAACAAAUGAUAUGUUGAAUUCAUGUCUCCAACUCAACCAAAAAUAAAAGCUAAAGAAUAGGUUUAAGCCAGUGGCUCUGAUGGAACUAUCCAAUAAGUAGAUACAUCGCCUUUUAAUGUUGAUAUUUGGUUGCGUUGUCAACCAAACACAAUUCCAUAUUAUUUUUGUAUACAGUAAAUCUUUCAAACUAAUUUAACAUUUAACCUUCAAAUGAGUAACACAUCCAUGGCCACAUUUUGAGGUUACUGUUAACUAUACAUUUCUUAUAUAAUCAUAUAAAGUGUGCAUGUUCAAGAUAGCAUCAUAGGUCAUUGCAGGUCUAAGGAGAUCUUUACGAUCUCUUUAAUAAUCUGUGCAGAAUCUACAACGGCAUUGAUCACUUGCAUCAUGUACUUUUAAUGUCACCUCAACUGCAAUCCAGGUCACUUGGUUGUGUGCUACCAGAUGAAGCACAGUGAUAACACAUGAAUCUGUUUUAUAAAUAAACAAAAUAUCUGACACUGUAUUCCCAUUUGAACUGCUGUGCUUUUAAAUGGUUGAAAGUACAGUGAUAGGCGUUUGACAUCUAAACCAAAAAUCAGACAUAGUUUUCCCAUUGGAAUUUGAUCGUGGUUGUAGAUGGUUGAAAGCAUAUUGAUGACACAUUGGAAAUUCAAAUAACGUUUGGCUGUCUUUUUGAGUUGAAUAUAGGUUGUAAUCUCAUUGAUCAACGUCUCAACCAAAUAUGACACAAUUAUCCUCGUUGAAAUGACCUGGUGUGCCCAAUGGGCAGGUUCUUAGCCGACCUUUGUGGACCAUUGUUUCUGAUAUCUGAAGGAGGAAGGGGGUGGGGGCCAAAGUUAAUACCUGUGGCUUGCAUUCGGGAGUACACCUCAUCCCCAUCCCCAAAUCAUGGACACACACUCCUUUUCUCUCAUCCUGCUGGUGAUCACUGUUCCUCUAUAUGCCAUCAGGAGUGACAGACCUGCAGAAAAUGAGCAUGACGUUGUCCUUAACCCUAUGUCUACCUACCUGUCUGUCGGUCUGUCUAUCCAUCUGUCGGUCUGUUCCUGAGUUUUGGAAGUGGGUAUAAAAGGAUGUUGAUUGGACCCACUAGCUUGGGGAGCGGUUCGGAGAAAUCCUAACAGACCGUCGAAGAGAGGAGAGUGUAAAGGUGGAGCGCAGUUUUAAAAAUAGUCUGGAUGUUUUUCUAUGUUUUGGUUUCCUUUUCUCUGUUCACCACCUUAUUCUUAAUCUGGGCAACAAGUUGCAUUACAGUGGAAAGCAUUAUCCAUCAUUUUUACUGUUUUAUCUUCCUGUCUGUCUUUCUUUCUCUCUGUUAAUGGUGUGAAUGUCUUUGUUUUCUUUCCUGUUUAUAUAUUUAAUGAAUAAAACCCUGUGUUUGUGCUAAUA